GAGGUUCCGGUUAAGAGCUCCCCCCGCGCUGGGAAACCCCGACCUCCGCCAGCCCAGGUCGCGCUGUCGCUUUAAGGUCGGGCGCGGCACCUGGAGCCGCGCCACCCUGGAGUCUCCGCAGGCCCUACGGCCGCGAGGACGCAGAUCCGAGGAGAGGUGGGGCAGGCCGCGCCCUGAGCCCGAGCCCAGGGUCCCGGCCGCAGUCGGCCAAGCCCGAAGCGUGGGCGGGAGCCAGGGGGUGACCAUCACCGGAGUCGACAGCGAAGCCGGACUCCACGCGCCCCUCGGCGCCCCCGCCCGGUGUCCGAGCCCCUGCGCGGUGAAGCGGGCUCGGCACCGCUCCCACCGGGUUUGGGCGGCGAUCGGACGGGACGGACGGCGGCGGACGAGACGCCCUGGACCAGACCCGGAGCCGGACCGUAGCGCUUCUGCGGGCUCGGAGAGCUGGGCUGGGGGACGGUCGCCGGGCCGCCCCUAACGCCGGGCGCCCCCUGCAGAUCGGAGAGACCGCCCUUCCCAGGUUCGCUCUGCCCACGGGCGCGACAGCCAUCAUGCCUUCACCUCCGCUCGUCUCGCCAGGCUCCCCGCUCCGGGACCACGCCUGACCCUGCAGCGCGAUGGCUGCGCGCAAGACGUGUGACAGGGGCCGCGUGGCCUCCACCCUGUGCUACUGCGUGACGGUCAGCGGCAUGGUGGUUCUGGUGGCCGGGACACUCUGCUUCGCCUGGUGGAGUGAAGAAGAUGCAGGUGCCCAGCCCAGCCAGUCGGCUCUGCCCACAGGACGCCCUGAGCCUGAGGCCCCUGGUCCCCUGCUCAGGUCGGUCAGCUUCCUCUGCUGCGGUGCAGGUGGCCUGCUGCUGCUCUUCAGCCUGCUGUGGUCUGUCAAGGCCAGCACCAAGGGGCCGCCUCGAUGGGACCCAUAUCGCUUCUCCAGAGACCUGUACUACCUCACUGUGGAGCCCUUGGAGAAGGAGAGCUGCAGGACCCCAGAGGCGGUUGCCAUCCCCACUUACGAGGAGGCCGUGCACUGCCGACUGGCUGAGGGGCCCCUGACACCACCUGCAUACCCCGUGGAGGAAGACCCAGAGCGCAGUACCUCAGGGGGUGCCCUGCUUGGGGCCCAGCCCCCCUUGCCUCCGCCCAGCUACGAGGGCCUCAUCCUCACUGACGGUGGCAUCUCUGGAGAGACAACACCUGGGGCUGCAUGCUCCCGCCCAGGCCCGGUUCAGACUGCAGGGGAGGAAGUUGAAGGCUUCUAGCAGGCCUGGAAGCCAGAAACAAAUGAUGGGCUUCUUCUAGUGUCUAGUACAGUGCCUGGUACACAGCAGGCACUCAACAAAUGUUUGUUGCUGAAUGCUGUUUUAUUUUUCUAUUGCCGUGUAACAAAUGGCUUGAAAUAAAUCCAUUUCAUUAUC